AAAACUUGCACAUGAGCGCAGUUAUCGACUUAGCGGUAGAGUAUGCAUGAAAUAAUUGUAGUUAGUGUGAACUAAGUGAAAUUUCACGUAGCGGUUGUAACUUGUUUCGUUUCAUUAAGAAUGUAUUUAGAUUGUUUGAGUGUGAACAUUGUGAUAUCUUUCAUUUUUAUCGCACUUAUUUUGUUAUCACGAUUCGACUAAAUCGUUCGUGAUCGACUUUAGUUUGCGUCACACAAUUUGUAGUGUUUGUUAGUCCAUGUAUGUACUUCACCUGUGAAAGAGAGGGAUUCCCCUGAGUCCUUUAGACGCAAUGGAUGAGGAAUUACGGUGUCCCAUUUGCCAUGAGUUUAGGCAAGACAACCAGCACAAUCAAACACUGAAUCAUCGAUUUUAUUUCGCGAAAUGGAGCUAUAAUGAGUAUAGAAAAGCUCUGAUAAGUGAUAGGCACGGUAUUCGCCUAAAUGUAGCCCCAGAACCCAUAAAUAACUUUCAGAUUGAUUUUAAAUAUUACAAGGGAAAGUACACAACGAAGGUCACUCCAGAGCAGCUAAGAUUGCAUAACAGCACAAUAACAUACAAAUGCACGAUCCAAAAUGCGAAAAAAGACGACCCUGUUUACAUUACAAGCACAGACAUAAUACAUCCUUCGUCUUAUUUUACAACUAAACAUCCACAUGUCUUUGGCGAUGACGAACGUAGUUUUAUAUUGCUUCAGCCAGGUGAACAGUAUACCUUUAAAGUGGUAUUUCAAACAGACAUAUUAGCCAGAGCCAGCUACAAAAUCCCUCUAACUUGCGAUAUCCAAACCGAGAGCAAAAAGGAAAGCUUCACAAUAGUGCGGUCUUUUCUCACAUUAGUUCAAUCACAAGGCGAAAAAGAUGAAAAGAAGGGUAAGAGUCCAUUUACAUCCCAGCCUUGGAAAGAGGUCACCAAGACCGUUCCAACAACUAAAGAACUCCCCUAUAAAGACAAAUACCCAAUUCCUGGAAAAUAUAUCAAGAUUUUGACAUACGGUAUUGGAGCUUAUAGUGGGAUGACGGUAACUGAAGAGGAAACUUUGAAUACUCUCAGCCGACUUGUUGCCCAGUUAACAAGAGAGAAUUACAACCGUUUUUGGCACGUGGUCUUGUGGUUGGAAGAAAGAGCGCAAGCUCUGAUGCUCAUGAAGUUCAACAUGCAAGGAGUGACAAUGAGUUUAAGAGAUGACGACGUCUUAAUUCUUACGGUACCUGGUUUAGCUGAAAAACGGCCGUCUGUCAUAGUGGGUGAUUUUAUAAAGAUCAGGAUAACAAACGACCACACUGCCUACAAGGGAUUUGUUGGAGCAGUUAACGAAAAAACUGUGGAAAUAUCGCACGUGGACAAUGAAUUACUGGAGUACAUUCGCGAAAACCCAGACAUUGAAUUAGAUGUUGCGUUUAUGUUGAGUCGGUUAGCCUUCGAGAGAAUGCAUGCGGCCGUCGAUAAAAUCGUAUCAUCAGGCUUAGUCGCAAAACUUUUUCCUGUUGAGAGAAGACUUCCAAGGUCGGCAAAUGCACAUAACUUAGAUAACUCAACAUUGUUUAAUAAGACGAUUGCACAAAACCCGGAACAAAAAAAUGCAGUAGAUAAAAUCGUAAAUAACAUUCAGGACAUUCCUUACAUCGUUUUUGGGCCUCCUGGGACUGGCAAAACCGUGACUAUCGUCGAAGCCAUCUUACAGAUUAAAAAACGCACAAAAAAGCGGAUACUGGUGUGCGCCCCAGCAAAUUCCGCGUGUGACAUGCUAGCAACAAAACUUAUGCCGCACUGUACCACAGAGGAAUUGAUCCGAAUCAAUUCUACCACUAGGGAGAGAACCACUAUGACCGAGGAUUUGAAAGAAUACAGUAAUAUGGAAGACGACGAAUUUACAAGAGUUGUAAUUGAUCGGCUCCUGUCGUACCGAAUUGUGGUUACAACCCUAACUCUUAUCGGUCGCUACGCCACAGGCUAUCGCCCUGACUGUGUUUUCAUCGACGAGGCGGCUCAAGCCAGCGAACCUGAAUCCGAUAUUGCAAUUGCACUUGCUGGCGUUGGUAAACAAGUGGUCCUAGCAGGAGAUCCCAAACAGUUGGGGCCAAUGGUAACAAAAUCAGCCGAAAAGUUCGGUUUGGGGAAAUCACUAUUGGAACGAUUGAUGGAAUUUGAAGUCUACCAACUCAACCGCACUACCAGAAACUACGACACGAAUUUUAUAACCAUGCUCAGGUUAAAUUUCAGGUCACAUCCCCGAAUUUUAGAAAUUCCGAACAAUUUGUUCUACGAUGAUUUAUUAAAGCCAGUGUCCAGAAUCGCACUACAGGACCCAAUCGCAAACAUACCGAUUUAUGCAAAAAUAGUAUCAUCGUGUAACAAUAAUGGUCAAGCGAUUGAAAUGUGUGCCAUUAGUGCGAAAGAACAAAAAGAAGGGUCGUCGCCAAGUUUUUUCAAUUUACCGGAAGCUGAAAUGGUUGCGAAAUAUGUAAAGGCUUUAGUAAACCUACCCCUUGCGGAAGCAUACAAAGUGAGAUUAGAUCAAAUCGGAGUGGUCACACCGUACAAACGUCAAGUUUUUAAAAUCAAAGAAGAAUUAAUGUAUAAAGGAUAUCAAGAAGUGGAGGUUGGCACAACUGAAUCUUUCCAAGGCCGCGAGAAACGCAUCAUAAUAAUUAGUACAGUGAGAGCACAACAUUCCUUACUAUUACAUGACCGUAAAUAUAAUUUGGGUUUUGUGAAGAAUGAUCAGCGAUUCAACGUAGCAAUCACACGAGCGAUCAGUAAAUUAAUUGUCAUUGGAAACACACCAGUCUUGAGGACUGAUCACAAGUGGAAUAGGUUUAUACAGGCAUGCGAGGAACAUGACACUUGCUUUGGACAUCAAUUGGAAAACUCCAGUAAUGUGUUCAAGACUGGGGUCGUUAAAAGGACAAAGCGAUUCAAGAGUAAAGAUGAUCAAUACCAUAGAUAAUACAUUUUUUAUAAUCUGAUACCUUUAAUAAACUUUACCAGUGAAACAACAA